AAUUAAAUUUUGCAAUUAAUUAUUUUUCCUACAAUUUGAGAAAGGUCAUAAGUUUCUUCUCGAUCCAAACUGUUUUCUUCUUCAAUUUUCUCUCUAGAUUCAGAAUUUUUCUCAUUCCUCUUAUAUAAUCUCUCUCUUAAUGUUCAUGGAUACAAGAAUCAUGAGAUUGAGAUUUGAUGAGAAAGCAGGUAAUGAUUAGGGUUUCCAUGUAAAAUUGGGGAUUACAAAAAGUGGCAACCUUUCUUACGUUUCGGAUCUAAACCCACAUUCCACGGAGAUCUCUCUCUCUCUUUAGGGCUCUUAUGUGGAUUUGAGCUUUCUUCACCUCUCUUCUGCUUUCUUGUGUGUGUGUGUGUGUGUUUGGAGGAAAGAAUGUACAAGAUAUUCCUGAGGAAGAGUAAGCCUUCAAAACCCGACUCAUCAGAAGAGCUCUCUCCUUCCAGCUCGGAUCCGGUUCAGAUACCCGGACCCAAUGGUGUGGUCUCUCCCCCCGUUCGUUCCAACUCAGGGAAGCGUAUGUCCUCCGCCGUCUUCCCAGCGAGCGUUGUUUCUGGAAUAGAGCCUUUGCUUCCCUUCAAAGACGUACCAAACUCCGAGAAACUAAACCUCUUCGUCAGUAAAGUCAGCCUCUGCUGCGUCGCGUUUGAUUUCUCCGACCCGAACAAAAACUCUAUCGAGAAGCUCGUGAAGAGACAGACUCUCCUGGAGCUUCUUGACUUUGUAGCUUCUGGUUCCGUUAGGUUCACCGAGCCGGCUAUUCUCGCAAUGUGUAGAAUGUGCGCUGUGAAUCUCUUUAGGGUCUUCCCUCCUAGUUACCGGUCUAGUGGCGGUGAGAAUAACGAUGAUGAUGAGCCUGUGUUCGACCCUGCCUGGCCUCAUUUGCAGAUCGUCUACGAUCUCCUGCUUAAGUUCAUCACCUCUCCUUGUCUAGAUGCCAAGAUUGCGAAGAAGUAUCUUGACAAUGCCUUCGUUGUGAGGCUGCUUGACUUGUUUGAUUCAGAGGAUCCUAGAGAGCGAGAGUGUUUGAAGACGAUCCUGCAUCGUGUCUACGGGAAGUUCAUGGUUCACAGGCCGUUUAUCCGGAGGGCGAUGAGCAAUAUCUUCCACCGGUUUGUGUUUGAGACGGAGAAGCACUGCGGAAUCGCCGAGCUUCUGGAGUUUUUGGGGAGUAUAGUGAGUGGAUUCGCGUUGCCUUUGAAAGAGGAGCACAAGAUCUUCUUGUGGAGAGUGUUGAUUCCACUCCACAAGCCUAAGUCUCUUGGGAACUACUUCCAGCAGCUGUCUUUCUGUAUUACUCAGUUUAUAGAUAAGGAGCCUAAGCUGGGGAGUGUUGUGAUCAAAGGUUUGUUGAAGUUCUGGCCUAUCACUAACAGCCAGAAGGAAGUGAUGUUUCUUGGGGAGGUUGAGGAGAUUGUUGAGGCGAUGAGCGUGGUGGAGUUUGAAAAAGUGAUGGUUCCGUUGUUCUUGCGGAUUGCUUGCUGUGUCAACAGUUGCCAUUUUCAGGUUUCUGAAAGAGCGUUGUUCUUGUGGAACAACGAUCAGAUUGUGGAUUUGAUUGCGCACAACAGGCAAGCCAUCUUACCGAUCAUGUUCACUGCCUUGGAGAAGAAUGCUGAGAACCACUGGAACCAAUCAGUGCUGAACCUAACCCUAAACGUGAGGAAAAUGUUUUGCGAAAUGGACGAGGCUCUCUUCAUGUCUUGCCACGCACGCUUUCAAGAGGAUGAGGGAAAGCAAAGCUCUGCAGCGGAGAAGAGGAAAGAAACAUGGGAGAGGCUAGAGAAGGCAGCAAGUGUGAAGCCUAUAACUGGAAAGACAGCUGUUCUAGUGACUCCUUUAACAACCUCCAUUGCCUGCUAAAUUCUCAGCAGCAAAACAUCAGAAGAAGAUGAUGGAGUAGUUGUCCUUUGUAAUAUUAUAUAGUUAGUUGUGUCUGUGUGGGGUUUAUGCUAAAUCUAAUGCUUUUUUUAAAAAGCUUGGAAGCAAAAAAACAUAUAUAUAAAACUCUUUGUAUUCAAUUUAAGUUUACAUUGUUCAUCUCAAAA